AUGAGUGACCAAAAGUUAGAAACGAAUCCUCGCGGUAUUCCUAGUUCUCCCUUUGUGGAACGCGUUGAAGAUUAUGUUUCUGAAGCCGAACCUGUUGAAGUCGUGUUGAAAAAAUUUCAAGAAGCCAUCAGAAAGGUUUUAGAAGAAAAGAUACCCGAGAUUCAAAAGACGAUUGCUAUGGUUGACUUGUUGACUGAAAAACAAGAAGCCGAAGAACCUUUAUAUACUGAUUUUGAAUUGAAUGAUACGUUAUAUGCUAAAGCCAAGAUUGAGGCUUCGGGUACUGUCUAUCUCUGGCUUGGUGCCAAUGUCAUGCUUGAAUAUACUUUUGAAGAAGCCAAAGACUUGUUGACUUCAAAACUCGAUACAGCCAAAAACUCAUUAAGCAAUACAUUAGAAGACCUUGAAUUUUUGCGAUCACAAAUUACGACUAUGGAAGUUAAUACUGCACGCGUUUAUAACUGGGAUGUCAAGCAGAGACGUCUUUUGCGCAAACUGUUGGGCAUUCUGGGUGCUCUCUUUCUUGCACAUUCUGCUUACUCUGUUUAUGAACAUCUUGCAUAUAUUAGAGCUGUCGAUGAAGUGGAUUCAACACUUCCAGUCGAGAUUACCAUUGAAUGUCUAGUAUCAGCUCUUGUGUCUCUUAUUGGUGUUGUGUUAUCUGCAGACGCGUUUAAACCUAUUGCUGCUGAAGCAGAAGUAGCUAAAAUGUAA